CGAGUUGCACGUGUGCAUCAAUGAACGGCAAUACAACGGCAGCAGAAAUCACUUAUGCGGGCGCACAGCUGAUUUUUGUUUACCAGCACCCGUGGAGGGUGCGACAUUCUCGAGCCGAAGCAGCUGGUGCGCGCACGAAAACUUGAAAGGUCACCUUGAGCUCAAUAAAAAAACGAAUUGAGGAAUUUAUUCGCUGAUUUCAGUAGCUUUAGCACAGCAGCCGGCACCAAAACUCACACGAAAACAGAGAAAACGAAAGCACGUUAAUAAUUAUUACACAUAAUAGUAAUAAUAACAAUAAUAGUAAUAAUAAUAAUGCUUUCGGAGGGUAUCAAGUGGCUGGUUAUAAGCACUAGGCGCAAUUUCAAUGCGCUGCUUAACAUCUUGAUGGGCUAUCAGCUCUUUCGCUGGCUCAUCAGUGCGCUAAAUGGCGGGACGCAGAUGCAGACGCAGAUGCAAAUGCAAAAAGUGCAAGCUUCUGUUGAUAAGCAAGCGAAUGCUGACGAAGAAGAAGCAGCAGCAACAGCUGUGCCAACUGAGUCGGCGCCAGUCAAGAUUAGCGCGAAUGAGCUUAGUGCCACAGCAGUCAUGGGGAAUGCAGGCAGCCAGAUCAGCAGCAGCAACAGCAGCAGCAGCAAAAGCAGCAGCAACCAAAGCAGCAGCAGCAAAAGCAGCAGCAACCAAAGCAGCAGCAGUAAAAGCAGCAGCAACCAAAGCAGCAGCAUUAAAAUCACCAACAGCAGCAGCACCAGCAACCGCGAUCGCAGCAGCGAAUCUUUACGAAAACACCACAGUGAGGCAUUGACAAUGAGCAAGGACAUCGAAUCGCACAGCAUACCCAUUGCGGAGGGCGUAAAUGCUGAGCAUGUUUUGUACCGCUUGAAACAUGGCUCCAAGUUGGGCGUCCAUCCGGAUGUCUCGUUGCUGGGCCGUAAAAUCAUAUUGCUCACCAACUACCCCGCCGAGGGCAAGAAAUUUGUGCGCACCGAAUAUCGCAUUCUCGACUGGCAGUCAAAGGAUGGCAAGCCGAUCACCAGCGAAAAUCAUCCAGAAGUCCAUGUCGUGGAUACAGACAUCUACAGCGAGUUGCUGCUGAAGAUUUCGGGCACUUUCCGUUUCUACUUCACAUUUGCCGAUCGUGAACGCAAAGCAGAUGCUCCACCAGAUGGUGCGUUGUAUGUGCAGGUGGAGCCGACGCUGAAUGUGGGUCCCGUGGGUGCACAGAAGGUAAUACCCUUGAAUUCGGUGCGUUGUCAAACGGUGAUGACCAAGCUGCUGGGGCCACUGAACACGUGGGAGGCCAAGUUGCGCGUGGCCAAGGAGUCUGGCUACAAUGUCAUCCACUUUACGCCCAUCCAGGAGCUGGGUGGCUCUCGUUCUGGUUAUUCGCUGCGUGAUCAGCUCAGUGUCAAUUCACAUUUUGCGGCUAAGAAGGGCGAUAAAGUAACCUUCGACGAUGUGGAGAAAAUGAUUAAAAAGUGCCGCCAGGAAUGGGGCGUUGCCUCCAUUUGCGACAUUGUGCUCAAUCACACUGCCAACGAGUCGGAGUGGCUGCUCAAGCAUCCGGAUGCAACUUAUUCGUGUGCCACAUGCCCCUAUUUGCGUCCCGCAUUCUUGUUGGAUGCGGCACUGGCGCAAUGCGGCGCUGAUAUUGCCGCCGGUAAGCUGGAGCAUUUGGGCGUGCCCGUAAUCAUCGAUCAGGAAUGCCAUUUGGAAGCAUUAAAGUACCAUUUGCAUAAUGCUUACCUAUCCGCGGUCAAUAUACACGAACUGUAUCAGUGCGAUGUGAUGGGCUAUGUGAACGAGUUCAUGACUCAGGUGCGGACCCGUGAGCCGCCCAAGAAUGUGACGAAGCAUGAGCGCUUCCAGGAGAUCCAACUGAUACAGGAUCCGGAAUAUCGACGCUUGGGUAGCACCAUUGAUUUUGAGCUGGCAUUGGAUAUCUUUAAUGCUUUCCAUGGCGACUGUUUCGAUGAGGAGGCCCGCUUCCGCAAAUGUGCGGAGACACUGCGUCACCAUCUCGACUGGCUGAACGAGCGUGUCCGUGCCGAGAUUCAGGGCUAUCUCAGCUAUGCCAUCGAUAAUUGUCUGGCUGGUGUGCGCUACGAGCGUGUCCAGCACGAUGGACCCCAUGUGAAAGAGAUCUCCAUAAAGUAUGCCGUCUUCAUGACAUACUUUACCCACACGGGCACCGAGGGCAAGACGCUCAAGGAGAUCGAGCAGGACAUGUACGGCAAGGUGGGCGAAUUCCUUAUGGCUCACAAUGGCUGGGUGAUGGGCACCAGCGAUCCCCUGCUGGACUUUGCCGAACAGCAACCGACGCGCGCAAAUGUUUACCUGAAGCGCGAACUCAUCGCUUGGGGCGACAGUGUGAAGUUGCGCUUUGGCAAGCGACCGGAGGAUAGUCCGUAUUUGUGGCGCCACAUGACCGAGUAUGUGGAGACAACGGCUCGCAUUUUCGAUGGCGUUCGCCUGGACAACUGCCAUUCGACGCCGCUGCAUGUGGCCGAAUAUCUGCUGGAUGCGGCACGCAAAAUCAAUCCGGAGCUUUAUGUUGUCGCUGAGCUAUUCACCAAUUCCGAUGCCACAGACAAUGUGUUCGUCAAUCGGCUGGGCAUCACGUCACUGAUACGCGAAGCGCUCUCCGCCUGGGAUUCCCAUGAGCAGGGUCGUCUCGUUUAUCGGUAUGGUGGCGCACCCGUUGGCGGCUUCUAUGCGAAUCCAAAUCGCGAUGUUGCCUCCAGUGUGGCGCAUGCUCUCUUCAUGGAUUUAACCCACGAUAAUCCAUCGGCAGUGGAGAAACGCACCGUCUACGAUCUCUUGCCCUCAUCGGCUCUGGUGGCCAUGGCCUGUUGUGCCACGGGCAGCAAUCGCGGCUAUGAUGAACUCGUGCCGCAUCACAUUCAUGUGGUGGACGAGGAGCGUCCGUAUCAGGAGUGGGGAAAGGCUGUCGACUUUAAGACGGGCAUCGUGGCCGCGAAGCGCGCCUUGAAUAUACUCCACGGCCAGCUGGCAGAGGAAGGUUUCACCCAGGUGUAUGUGGAUCAAAUGGAUCCCAAUGUGGUGGCAGUGACUCGCCAUUCACCCACCACUCAUCAGACGGUCAUUUUGGUGGCACACACCGCCUUCAGCUAUCCACAUCCCAAUGCGGGCGCGACCAAUGUGCGUCCGUUGCGUUUCGAGGGCAUUCUGGACGAGAUCAUUCUGGAGGCCAAUUUGACGAUGAAGAGCGACAAGCCAUUCGAUUCGCCGGCACCGUUUAAGAAGGAUGCAAAUGUGCUGAAUGGUUUCAAACAGUUCCAGCUGCAUCUGCAGGAGCAUAUACCGCUCAGCAAGUCGCAGGUGUUCGAGACGAAUCUUUAUCAGGAUGGCAACAAUACGCAGCUCAACUUUGCCAAUCUGCGACCGGGCACAGUGGUCGCCAUACGCGUUUCCAUGCAUCCCAUUGCCCGCAAGAGUUUCGAUCGCCUGCAGCUGGUGACGAAUGCUCUGCGCUCAGAGUCCGGAUCACAGUGUGAGGAUCUCCAAGCGAUUGUCACCAAAUUGGAUUUGAACGCGUUGAGCCGUGCGCUCUUCAGCGGCGAUCAGGAGGAGCGUGACAUGGGCCUGGGCGGCUCCGCCUAUGAUAUUCCCAACUUUGGACCACUUGUCUAUUGUGGCUUGCAGGGCUUCGUCUCGUUGCUAACGGAAAUAUCGCCACGCGAUGAUUUGGGUCAUCCGUUGUGCAACAAUUUGCGUGACGGCAACUGGAUGAUGGAUUACAUUGCCGAUCGUCUCAACAAUUUUGAUGACUUGAAGCCGCUUUCGGUGUGGAUGAAGGCAACCUUUGAGCCACUGAAGAAUGUGCCACGCUAUCUCAUACCCUGUUAUUUUGAUGCCAUUGUCAGCGGUGUGCAUAAUGUACUCGUCAACCAGGUCAACCAAUUGAUGCCCAGUUUCAUACGCGAUGGCCAUCAUUUUACUCAAUCGCUGGCGCUGGCAACGCUGCAGUUCCUCGCCGCCUGCCGCUCGGCCAAUCUGCCUGGAUUCAGUUUGGCGCUCAGUCCACCAAAGCCGCCCAAGCUGUGCGUCACCUUAUCUGCCGGCUUGCCGCACUUUUCCACAGGAUAUAUGCGCUGCUGGGGACGAGAUACGUUCAUCGCAUUGCGUGGCUUGUUGCUGCUCACUGGCCGAUUCAAUGAGGCACGCUAUAUCAUUAUUGGUUUCGCAUCGGCGAUGCGUCAUGGCCUGAUCCCAAAUCUGUUGGACAAUGGCACCAAGCCGCGCUUCAACUGCCGCGAUGCUGUCUGGUGGUGGUUGCACAGCAUCGCCCAAUACGUGCAGGCUGCGCCCAAGGGCAGCGAUAUACUCAAGGAUAAGGUGUCGCGUAUCUUCCCCUAUGACGAUUCGGAGCCGCAUGCACCGGGCGAAUUCGACCAGCUGCUGUACGAUGUGAUGCAGGAGGCACUCCAGGUCCAUUUCCAGGGUCUGCAAUAUCGCGAACGCAAUGCUGGCCACGAAAUCGAUGCACACAUGACGGAUCAGGGUUUUAACAAUCAUAUUGGUGUGCAUCCGGAGACGGGUUUCGUCUUUGGCGGCAACAGCGCCAACUGCGGCACCUGGAUGGACAAAAUGGGCUCCUCCGAGAAGGCCGGCAAUCGUGGUCGUCCCAGCACGCCACGUGAUGGUUCCGCCGUCGAGCUGAUUGGUCUACAAUAUGCCGUAUUGCGUUUCUUGCAGGGCAUCAGUGAGCAAAAGCUAAUCCCAUACAGUGGUGUGCAGCGCAAGGGUCCGUCUGGUGCGGUGACCAAGUGGACCUACAAAGGUUGGGCCGAUCGCAUACAGAGUAACUUUGAUGCGCACUUCUUUGUUAAGGAAACGGAUAGCACCAAAGUGGCCAACAAGAAGAGCAUCUACAAGGACAGUGUAGGAGCCACACAGGACUGGACAGAUUUCCAGUUGCGUUGCAAUUUCCCCAUUGCGCUGACAGUGGCACCUGAUCUAUGUAAUCCGCAAUGCGCCUGGGCUGCACUGGAGCAGGCUAAGAAGUAUCUGCUGGGACCGCUGGGCAUGAAGACAUUGGAUCCGGAUGAUUGGAAUUACAGGGCCAACUAUGAUAAUUCCAAUGAUUCGGGUGAUUGCACCGUGGCUCAUGGCGCCAACUAUCAUCAGGGACCCGAAUGGGUCUGGCCCAUUGGCUAUUAUUUGCGCGCCCGUCUCAUCUUUGCCAAGAAGUGCGGCUAUCUGGACGAGACCAUUGAGGAGACGUGGGUGAUACUGCGUGCCCAUCUCCGUGAGAUGCAGACAUCCCAUUGGCGUGGGCUGCCCGAGCUGACCAACGACAAUGGCAGCUAUUGCAACGAUUCCUGCCGCACUCAGGCCUGGAGCAUUGGCACACUCCUCGAAGUGUUGAACGAUUUGCAUGCGCUUGGCGCCGAUGUUUAAAGUUUCAUCAGUUCUUAAUCAAACUUUUGGCUGAUCGGAGAUCCUAUUUAUCAAAAUUAUUUAUCAAAAUUUAACAAAAAUCUUAAUCGAAAUACACACUUCAUUCAAGGAUUCGAAGUUUAGUGAUACAUUUGAUGUGCAUAGCCAUGAAGUUAUAUAGUUGUUCAAUUUGUUACACAAUUGUUAUGGUUCAUCUGUACUCUCAAUUAAAGUUAUUUUAUCCUACGA